AAAACACGCCUGAGCGUGCGUGCUUGCGUCAUUCGUAAACACAGCUGAAGAUGGUAUACGUGUCCAACGGCCAGAUGUUGGACAACAGGACUCAGUCUCCAUGGAGACUGUCUUUGCUGUCAGACUUGUUCUGGGGCGCAGUGGAGUUCUUUUCUCUCUUUUUUAAGACAAUCAUCGACCCAGAUAUGUCCAAGCAUGGGACGAGUGCCACAUCCCGGUGCAGUGAUGGCAGAGGUCCCCCAGGGCCCCCUGGUGGCAGAAGAAGGAUGGGCAGAAUAACACACGGAGGAGGACCCAAUGCUCCACCAAUGGGAGGAGGAGGAGGAUGAGGAAGGUAAACGCCUGCACUGCAAGUGUAGGCGUGGGGGUCCAGAGCUGACAGUCCAGAGCUGACAGUCCAGAGCUGACAGUCCAGAGCUGACAGUCCAGAGCUGACAGUCCAGAGCUGACCCCUCUCUCUCCAGCUGCCUGUGACCUACAGUUUAUGAAGCUGUCCCGGGAACUCCUCCAGCCAGGGUCCGGGCUGGCCGAUCAGCAGCUACACCCUCCUCCAGCCUCUGCACCUUUCUGUUCUAUUUAUAUUUACUGAUAUUGAUACUUUGCAGUGACAUCGUGUAUCUCCACUGGCAAAAAGUUUAUCUUGUACUAUAGUGACUUAGACUAGAAAGAGCUGAUUUAGUUAAAAUAAAGCUCAUAUGACAUCUAACUUGAAUAACCGUAGUGCUUUCAGUUGGUUUCACGCCCCCAGCGAAUGUUGAUGACAACAGCUGCAAAGUAUCAAUAGACCCUUUAAAAAUGUGUAGACUAAAACAUUUGAAACUCCAGAAUGGAGGCAGCUGGAGGUCAAAGUGAAGUGAAACAAUGUGAUUUCAACAGGGAAACUGGGGUGAAGCACAGAUUAUGACAAAAUAUGAAACAACAAGGUGGUUUUGGCAAAUGAAAACCACUCCGAUACAUUACCUCAACAUUUACAAUAGUCAUUUAUGUGAUUUGUUUAUUUAACAGGAGAUUAUGAUAGGAAAAUACAUUUUUUAAGGUUGUACUUAAUGUUGAGUGCACACUUUUUUUGUACUUCAUCUACAGAUAUAUCACAUACUUUAUCACAAAUAAUGCUUUUUCCAAAGCUCAAAUACAAUUUUGGUAUGCAACGUUUUUAACGUUUUAACCUCCCCCAAAGGAGUGUGUGAAAUAAAUUCAAACAGGUUCUAGAGGUGACCACUUUGUGUCAUUUAUUUUAGGGGUCUAGUGGGUUCUUUUGCUUAUGGAGCAGAUCAGAUGUGGAACACACUGCUGCUCAUAUACAAGAGCUCUCAACACUGGCAGCAUUCUCAAAAGCUUUAAAACAGUGGUUGUUCGAGGGUCAAAUAUGUCACCAUGUAAAACAAAAUGACAUUUUUUUAUUAAUGGGUUGUUCUAUAAUUGUCUGUACAGAGUGUGUGUCGUGUGUAUAGUGAGUUUGCUUUUGUGUGAUUGUUGCUGUUCUCUUUCCUGUCAACUGUUUUAACAUCAACCUGCCGAGGGACUGAAGAUGGAAAUUAGCCACGUUGGCUAUAAUCUUUACAUAUUUACAUUUUUAAAUAUUCAUUAAUAUGUGCUGCCCCUUUUCAAAAAAUUUAAUUCCAUCCUUAGACACAAACUGACAUUUCUACCCAGGAAAUUCAAAAUUGUAGCUUAUUUUUUUGUAGUAAAGAGUUAAAACCAUUGACAAUAAGAUCUGAUGUUUGGAACUGCAGUGUUCUGCUUCAUUUUGCCUCAGUUGCCUUCAUUCUGGAAUUUUGAACAUUCUGAUGACGGAGCAUUUAAGAGUCUGUAGAGAACACACAGGACACACUUGAUUUCAUGACGGUUGUAGUUAUAAUUUGAUCAUUUUGGUUCAAUAAAUGUUUGCGCUGUU